AUGUCAUACUACUCACCGGAAGUAGACAUGGUUCUACUCGCACCAGAAGAGAACAUGGGCGCCAUGUCACCAUUCAGCACAUGUCAAUCACCUCCGAGCAUUAUGUACUCAUCACCACCACUCCACCAAAUGAUACACCCCGUACCCACGACCCUACCCAGCAACGGACCCAUCUUCACACAACCACACUACAGGCCAGUCAUGAACUCUCCGUACCCACAACACAGCCCGUGGUCGUCUCAGGCGAUGCAGAUGCCGUCAGUAUCGUCAUACUCGUACCCUCCAUUCACAAGCAUGACAGCUGGUCCUGUACUAGCACCAGACACAAAUCUCCUGCCACAAUCUUUCGCUGGACCACGAACCUCAAGAUCGCACUCGGCUUCGUCCUCUGGUGGACUAGGAUUUCCAUCAAGCGCGCCAUCAGAAAGAACACCACCCCGCUCACUGUCGCCGAGCUUACCAGACCUUCGAGCCUACGGCUUCCCUAACAAGAACGGAACCUGGUCGUGUGCUUAUCCAGGUUGCACAUCAAGAGCAGUAUUCACUCGGGGUUGCGACCUUCGCAAACAUCACAAGAGGCACAGCAAGAACUUCUUCUGUAGGCAUGCAGAGUGCCCUCAAGCUACUGGCGGAGGUUUCUCAAGCAAGAAAGACCUGGCACGACACGAGGCGAAGCACAACCCCGGUGUCUUGUGCGACUGGAAUGGAUGCGACAGGGUCUUCAGUCGCGUCGAUAAUAUGAGAGACCACGUUAAGAGAAUACAUCACAAAGCUUCUCGAAAAUCAUCGGCAGCAUCGUAG